UAUUACCUCCUCCCAAGUUGUGUCAUAGGCUCAGCCCCGUCCACACCCCCGUUGCUUAAUGUCCCAGUAACAGCGGCGGUCACUGCUGCACAGUCAUGGAAGGUGGGAGAUGGUGCUGAUCCUGUCGCCGCAGAGCCAGCCCCCCAUUUGGUAGUUAGUUGCAUCACUCCGGUCACUUUGUCUCUACUUCUUCUCAUCUGUUAUCUUUUAAUAAUUUUAUUUUUUUUACUUCCACCAAAUACUGAGUUCCUGUCUUAAUUCACCUUCAUCAUGCCCUCUUUCUACAAUCGACUACUAUGGCAGUGCAAACGUUCCUUGAAGCACUUUGUCAGACCACAGGGACUGCAAUAUGGGAGACUUCAGAUGCGAAACCUCCACGCCUUACAAGUUCUCAAUGGUGACUUGGAUCACUUACCAAACCAUGUCCGAGAUUUUGUUGUGAGUGGUGCUCGACUUUGCCAGCCUGACAACAUUCACAUCUGCAAUGGCACUAAAGAAGAGAAUGACUCUAUUCUGUCCUUGCUGCAGAAAGAAGGCAUGAUAAAACCACUUCCCAAAUAUGAAAACUGCUGGCUGGCCAGGACAGACCCAAAAGAUGUGGCUCGUGUAGAGAGCAAAACAGUUAUCGUCACAGAGAAAAAAAGGGAUACCAUCCCCAUACCUCUUGGGGGAGACCAAGUUAAGUCUCAGCUAGGAAACUGGAUGUCCAAAGAAACAUUUGAUCAAGCUCUCUCUAACAGUUUUCCAGGUUGCAUGAAAGGGAGGACCAUGUAUGUCAUCCCUUACAGUAUGGGUCCUGUCGGCUCCCCGCUUUCCAAAAUAGGUGUUCAGCUGACUGACUCGGCCUACGUUGUAGCAAGCAUGAGAAUUAUGACCCGUAUGGGGAAUGCAGUGUUGAAUGCGUUAGGAGAUGGCGAGUUUGUGAAGUGCCUACACUCUGUGGGGAGCCCCCUGCCACUGAAAGCCAAUCUGAUAAACAACUGGCCUUGUAAUCCAGAAAGAACAUUAAUCGCUCACAUCCCAGAUCGGAGAGAGAUUGUAUCCUUUGGUAGCGGCUACGGUGGCAACUCACUUCUUGGGAAAAAGUGCUUUGCCCUGAGAAUAGCCUCCCGUAUUGCCAAGGAUGAGGGCUGGCUAGCUGAACAUAUGCUGAUUCUUGGGAUAACAAACCCACAAGGGCGUAAGAAGUACAUUGCUGCUGCAUUUCCCAGUGCUUGUGGGAAAACAAAUCUUGCCAUGAUGAAUCCAACACUGCCUGGGUGGAAGGUGGAGUGUGUCGGCGAUGACAUUGCAUGGAUGAAGUUUGAUAGUGAAGGUCGCCUGCGGGCAAUUAAUCCAGAGAAUGGCUUCUUUGGUGUGGCACCUGGAACGUCUAUGAAGACCAAUCCCAAUGCCAUGAAGACUGUCCAGAAAAACACCAUAUUUACCAAUGUGGCAGAAACCAGUGAUGGCGGCUUCUACUGGGAGGGCAUUGAUGAAGCCCUCCCUCCAGGUGUCACUGUCACUUCCUGGCUGGGAAAGGAAUGGAAACCAGGUGAUGGAGUGCCCUGUGCCCACCCUAACUCCAGGUUCUGCACCCCAGCUAGUCAAUGUCCAAUUCUGGAUAAAGACUGGGAAUCUCCUGAAGGGGUACCAAUUGAAGCUGUCAUUUUUGGGGGAAGAAGACCUCAAGGUGUUCCUUUGGUGUACGAGUCUUUUAACUGGUCCCACGGUGUGUUUGUUGGUGCUGCAAUGAGGUCCGAAGCAACGGCAGCUGCGGAACAUAAAGGGAAGGUGAUUAUGCAUGAUCCAUUUGCCAUGAGACCUUUCUUUGGCUACAACUUUGGACACUACUUAGCUCAUUGGCUGAGCAUGGAACAUCGUAAGGAUGUAAAACUACCAAAGAUCUUCCAUGUCAACUGGUUCCGGAAGGAUGAGAAUGGAAACUUCCUUUGGCCAGGUUUCGGGGAGAAUUCGAGAGUGCUUGACUGGAUCUUCCGUCGGGUUGAUGGAGAACAAAGUGCCAAGGAAACACCAAUAGGUUACGUCCCAGCAGAUGGAGCCCUGAAUUUGAAAGGCUUGGGACAAAUUAACGUAGAUCAGCUUUUCUCCUUGCCUAAGCCAUUUUGGGAACAGGAAGCAAUGGACAUCAGAAAAUACUUAACUGAGCAAGUCAAUGAAGAUUUGCCCCAUGAAGUAAUUAAUGAGCUCAAGAGCUUAGAGAAACGAGUUAAGAAAAUGUAAAAUUCCAUAUUUUUCUAUGAAAUGAUUUAUAUUUGCCAAAGAAACUUUUUCAAUAAAAGUGAAAAAAAAAAACUGUUUACACUACUCCACUGGUACAGAAGGAAGUAAAAUAUGUUGCUUCGCUGUGGCCUAUUUUUUUUUUUGUUUUGUUUUGUUUUGUUUUUUGACUUCAUCUUGUUUUUGCUCAUUCGGUAUAACAACAUUUCUGUUUUGUGACACCAGUUCUGUAAUUUUUUUAUCAGGGAUAUUUACAACCAACAAUACAGGAAAAGUUCAUAGCUUCUGAAUUAAAGAAAAAAAUAUGCAUUUUUCACAGGCGUGCCUGUGUCCUUCAAUUUUUUUUUACUGGGGAAUUUCUGAUCUCAGGGUUGGGAAUCUGUAAUACUGAUGCACACUGACACGAGAGAAAUGCAGAUGAAAUGUGCACUUUAUCUUUCAUUCUGAAAAGAUGAAAUUCUUGGAGGACAGGAAAUUAGAAAUUAAAAUUAAAUUUGGUUUACUUCCCACUGGAGAGGUAAAUCAUAGGACUAUUCCUUUUUUUAAAUCAAUAAAGUUGUUACAAAACAUUA